AGGCUGUCUUGGAAGAUGCGCUGCGCGCCUUCGGCCGGCGCAGCCCUGGUGCUGUGCGCCGCCACGGCCGGGCUGCUGAGCGCGCAGGGCCGCCCCACGCCUCCCGAGCCGCCCGAGCCUCCGCGCUUCGCGUCCUGGGACGAGGUGAACGUGCUGGCGCACGGGCUACUGCAGCUCGGCCACGGGCUGCGCGAGCACGUGGAGCGCACCCGCGGGCAGCUGGGCGCUCUCGAGCGGCGCCUGGGCGCGUGCGGGGCCGCUUGCGGGCAAGCCGCGGGGACCAACGCGUCCUCGCACGCUCCCGCCAGGCCGGUCCCCGGCGACGAAGCCGCGCCCGAGACCCUACGCAGCCUGCAGAUGCAGCUCAAAGCUCAGAACAGCAGGAUCGAGCACCUAUUCCAGAAGGUGGCCCAACAGCAGCGGCACUUGGAGAAACAGCGCCUGAGGAUCGAGAAUCUGCAGAGCCAGGUGGGCCUCCUGGCCCCUACACACCUGGACCAUGAGGUGGCCAAGACUGGCAGGAGGAAGAGGCUCCCCAAGAUGGCCCCGCAGGUGGGCCCUGCUCACAACACCAGCCGUCUGCACAGGCUGCCCCGGGACUGCCAGGAGCUGUUUGAGGAGGGCGAGCGGCGGAGUGGACUGUUCCAGAUCCAGCCACGGGGGUCCCCACCGUUCCUGGUCAAUUGCGAGAUGACUUCAGAUGGAGGCUGGACGGUGAUCCAGAGGCGCCAGGAUGGCUCCGUGGACUUUGAUCAGCCCUGGGAAGCCUAUAAGGCGGGCUUUGGGGACCCCCAAGGUGAGUUCUGGCUGGGCCUGGAGAAGGUGCACCGCAUCACAGGGGGCCGCAGCGGGCGCCUGGCUGUGCAGCUGCAGGACUGGGAGGGCAAUGCCGAGUCUCUGCAGUUCCCCAUCCACCUGGGGGGCGAGGACACGGCCUACAGCCUGCAGCUCACAGCGCCCGUGGCCAGCAAAUUGGGCGCCACCGCUGUCGCGCCCAGCGGCCUCUCCCUGCCCUUCUCCACUUGGGACCAGGACCAUGACCUCCGACGGGACGAGAACUGUGCCAAGACCCUCUCUGGUGGCUGGUGGUUCGGCACCUGCGGCCACUCCAACCUCAACGGCCAGUAUUUCCGCUCUAUCCCACGGCAGCGGCAGCGGCGAAAGAAGGGCAUCUUUUGGAAGGCCUGGCGGGGCCGCUACUACCCACUGCAGGCCACCAUCAUGCUGAUCCAGCCCACAGCAGCUGCCUCGGCCUUGUAGUCUGCUUGCUGGGGCCUGGUCCCAGGCUCAUAGAGGACAGUGACUCUGUCUUCGGCCCAGGAUGUGGCCACUUCUUGCCUGGGCAGGGGCUCCAGGCAGGGGCCGUGUGGAGCCUGGUGGACAGAGAAGAAGCCCGUGACUGGAGAAGGCCCCUUUCUGAGUAGGGGCUGCACGUGUCGGCCAGCUUUUGAGACCAGCAGGGCUCCAGGGUACGCGUAGAACCUGGAUGCAUGGGGUCGAGGGGCAUUCUGUCCUGCUUCUUGCCUGCCUGAGGAGUGGGGGGAUGUAGAGGGACCACUUGGGGGCGGCCAGGCCAGCCCUCGAUGGCAGACUCAGUCACAUUGACUGUUCAGGGCCCCGGGCCCCAGUGGGCCUGGGUGCCCUCACGGUGCUAUUGUGCAUGGGUGCUGUGGGAUGAGCUGGUACCAGUGGCAUCUGGAUGCAGCUCACAGAAUUCUUGGAAUAAAAGCAACCUCAGAAUAUUUUGUUUUUCUUCGUCCUUUGGUUUGUUUUAAAACAUGGACAGUUUCAAAGUCCACAUAAACACAUUCCCAGGGCAGAGGGUGAACACUCCCAGGUCCUUUUAGGA